CAUCUUUUUCUGAAAAGAUUAAUGUGUAUAAGAAAACGACGUCGUGUGCUACUGUUGAGGAAAUGGGAGAGGUUUUUAAGCCUGCUUUUGCUGCUUGGAAAGAGUCUCUCCGUGUACGAAGGUUGAUUCAUCAUCAUUUCUUAAUCAAUGGUCCUUCAAGAGUUCGCCAACUUCCAGCGGAUGAAUUUUGUCAGCAUAACUUUGUCAUAGCAAAGGCGUCCGAAGCUGGAUUUGGGAACGAAAUGUACAAGUUAUUAACAGCUGCUGCAUUAAGUGUUAUGUUGAAUCGCUCCUUGAUCAUCGGCCAAACCAGGCAUAUUGGGGUAAAUAUCCAUUUUGGGGCUAUAUUACUUAUAGCACCAACAUCUCAUUUUCCCUUAAAGAAGUGAAACAUUUAUGGAAAAAGAAUAGAUGUGUUUCAAAAUAUGGUCGUCAUUUGCUUGUACGCAUCGAUGAUUUUCAAAAGCCAACACGUACAAACAUCCUAUGUAGCAACUGGGGAAAAUGGCAACAACCUAUCAUUUGGUUGCAAAAUGCAACUGAUGCAGUGGCAGCUCAAUUUUUCUUAAAGAAUGUGCAUCCGGAGAUGAGGAGUGCAGCUUAUGAGUUGUUUGGAAAACCGGAACUUCACUCAAGACCUAACGUUUUCGGGGAGUUAAUGCGAGUUCUUAUAUCUCCUUCUCCAAGUAUUGAAGCUGUGGUAAAUUCCGUUCUUGCUAAUAAUGAUGAACCAGAUAUCACAUUGCAUAUGCGGAUGAUGAUGAGCAGGUCAUUGUGGUCAGUAACAGCUGCACUAAGAUGCAUCAGAAAAGCCUUGGAGAAUGUAGAAAAGAUUGCAAAACCUAAGGUGAUCUUGGUCUCCGAUAACCCCUCUUUCAUUAUGACACUCAAAGCCAGUGUACAAGAACUUGCUGAGGUUAUUCAUUUCGAUUAUGAACGUAUUACAAGAAACAUUUCUCACGACUUCACACGAUUGAAUACUUUAGAAUUCAGGGUCAAAGAUUGGGGUUCUGCACCAAGAUGGGUUGCAUUUGUGGACUUCUUUCUUGCAUCGCGUGCAAAGCAUGCUGUUAUUUCGGGGGCUAAUAAACGAGUUGGAACAACCUAUGCUCAACUAAUUGCAGCUUUAGCUGCAGCUAAUAACCUCGAUGAAAAUGCAAAGACAAACCCGAAUUUUUCAUUCCUAAGUAGCUUCCAAAGCAACCUGCUGAAAAACGGAUUAAGCAAUCAGAUUGGAUGGGGACAUGCAUGGAACCGUUUUGCAGGUCCGUUGAGUUGUCAUGAGCAAACUCAACAAUGUGCAUACACGCCAAUACUCCCACCGGGUUGGUGGGACGAAAUUUGGCAGUCCCCGAUUGCUCGAGACAUUCGUAGACUGAGAAUGUAUGGCGUCAAACUCUCAGGGUUGGGCACCAUUGAUGAGGAGCAUCUUCAGUCUUACUGCAAAUCCAAGAAAAGUGCAGUGAUUAUUGCUCCGGUUUCGGCAAUGUGAAAAUAUACACUCCUAAGGAGGACAACAAUUUUUCUUGUAGAGAAUUAGGCAUAUUCUUAAGGGUCACUUACCUAAUAACAUUGUUUCCAAAUGGGGAAUUAAGUAUCGUAGGUGUGUUAAAUAAACAUUGAUCCAACUGUGGUUAUGCAACAUGCUUUAUGGAAAGUGUUGUAAGAAAAUUGUCAAUUAAAAUGGUCAAAAUGUUGGACAUUUCACAUGUAUUAUGUUUAUACUGGGACAAAUAAUAUACGUUUUAAAGUCUAAAUUAUUUUGAAACAUACGAACUAAGUACAUGACAAUCAAAGUGAAUAAGGAGCUCAAACAGUAGCCGCUCGUUUGAGCAGAUCAUCA